CGUACCAUAGGAUAUACAAACUAUACAGAGAUUGAUUUUAUUUUCAAUUGAUCUCUUAGCAAAACAAACAUUUGUCAAGUAUCAACUUUCACGCCUCUACGAUUUCAAGCUUGUUUGUUUUUGGGUAUGUAGUAAAUCUAGAAAAAUCUGCUUUUGUAAAGAAAAAAGGUACUAGAGAUGAGAGGUGCUAAUGGAGGCGCUGUGAACAACACUUUGGAGACUAUCAACGCUGCUGCAACUGUCAUCGCUUCCGUCGAGAAUCGCCUUGAUCAACCCCAUCCUCACGUCCAGAAGAAAAGCUGGGGAAACUGGUUAAGCAUAUAUUGGUGUUUUGGACAUCGCAAAAACCGACAGCGCAUUGGGCAUGCAGUCCUUGUUCCCGAAAGAAUACCUUCUGGCACAGAUAAUGCAACAGUAAAUUCAACACAAGCACCUAUUAUCCCAUUCCACUUCGUUGCACCUCCCUCAUCUCCUGCAUCUUUCCUUCACUCAGAACCUCCUUCAGUUGCACAAUCCCCAAGUGCUAUACUAUCUCUCACUCCCGGUGGUCCUUUCUCUAUCUUUGCCAUUGGACCUUAUGCCCACGAAACACAAUUAGUUUCACCACCUGUUUUCUCAACAUUCACCACAGAACCAUCAACCGCUCCUUUCACUCCCCCUCCUGAAUCUAACCACUUGACUACACCUUCUUCACCUGAAGUGCCAUUUGCUCAACUGCUUGACCCCAACAACAAAAAUAGUGAAACCUAUCAGAGGUUCCAAAUACCUCAGUAUGAUUUCCACUCUUAUCAGCUUCAUCCCGGAAGCCCGGUUGGUCAACUCAUUUCACCAAGAUCUGCUUUCUCAGCUUCUAGCACAUCAUCUCCUUUCCCUGACACUGACACUGAGUUUAAUUCUCGCGCCUCCCUCCUCCUUAACUUUCAAACAGAUGAUAAACUGUCUACUAAUGAAAACCAUAAGUCACAUCAAGGUUCUGGCUCUCUAACCCCAGAUUCUAUAAGAUCCACAACUCAAGCUAGUUUUCUUCCAAGUCACUGGGUCUCUAUUGAAGUGUCUGCCCAAGAAGUAUUCAAUUGUGUGGAAAACAAGGCAGUGGCAUGGACUAAACCACUUUCAAAACUCAAAACUGAUGCACCGGGAGAAGAUAAUUCAAGAGAAGUCCUUGUCAUCGAAACUCCCAGUGAUGCACCACAACAGACCGCUGACGAUGGAGAUGUGGAAAGAGUUCAUCAUAAGGAUGAAUGUAUAACAUUUUCUGCUGCUAAAGAAUUCAACUUUGAUAAUGCAGAAGGAGGGGAUUCUCCUACUCCUAAUUUAGUUGCUGACUGGUGGGCUAAGGAGAAAGUUGCAAGCAAGGAAGGAGGAUCCUCUAAUAAUUGGUCUUUCUUCCCAAUGAUUCGACCCGGUGUUGGUUAAUCGCCAAUAAGGACUCACUUAGUUUAGUGACUUUCACUUAACAUAGCCUUGCUGGAAUUUGACAUUUUUUUUUUUUUAUAAAAAAAAUUGUGCAAUUGUGUCACAGCAGCCAACACCAGUACACCACCCCUGCUAAAUUGAAUCAUAGGCAACUAAGAAUUUUACAUUGGUAGAUCUAACAAAUAGAAAGGUGGAGAUAAUUUUGCAGACUAGCUAUAAAUUUUGCAGGUAAACCUACUUUGGAUUAGGAAUGGCUUUACAUUUAUAACAUCUCCAUUCUCCACACCCGUUCUUUAUCCUUUUUGUUUGUAAGUGUAAUACAGUUGUCAUCAACACAUUGGUUACCAAUAACCAAUGAUGAUUUUGAUUUUUGACUAUGAUGUGUUUUUUUAUUGCCCCUUGCCUUGACUGUAAUUGUAGGAAUGCAAUUGCAGAACUUGGAGAAGGGGAGGAAACCUUGUGUGAAACAUUUUAGCAAUGUUCUUAAA